CAAUCUUCCUUUCCCGUCUUGCCGGCUUGAUUUGGACCAGAGAAUCAUUUCCUUUUUGCUAGUUCGUUCGUUUGUUCAUUCGCUCGUUUGUUCGAUUUACACAAUUGCUGUUCGGGUUUUCUGUGCAAAUUCUUAGCGUGUAUUUCUUAACUAAAAAAUCAAAACUUAUCUAAGCAAUCACAAUGUCGGAGGAAUCGUUUUAUGGUGUCACACUCACUGGCCAGGAUAGUUCAGUGCCAUGGGAUGUGCUUUCCAAUGAUGAGGAUUUUCCCCGCGGACAAAGGCUCAUCAUCAAACAGAUUUUGUUGGGCGCUGAAGCGAAAGAAGACGAAUUUAACGUUGUGGAGGUGCACACAGUUAAGGAUUCUCUAAAGAUCCCUAUUGCCGUGUUAAAGGCUGGAGAAACACGGGCUGUAAAUCCCGAUGUGGAGUUUUACGAAACAUCAUUGACAUUUAAAUUGAUCAAAGGCAAUGGACCUGUUUACAUAAUGGGCCAGAAUAUAAAGGACGACGUUGUCGAUAUCGAGGACGAAGAAACUGACGAGGAAACUGGUGAGGAGGAAGAGGAAGAGACACAACCACAAAAGAAAAAACAAAAAGUGGAAAAUAAUUCCGAUGGCAAAAAUGCUAAAAAUAAGAAGAAAUAAACAAGUUUUUUAGCAGUCACAAAACAAAAAUCCUAUACAUUCUUCAAAUUAAUUAUUGAUUUUAAGCUAAACUGAUGAAAACAAAACAUCAAUUAUAUAAGAUUAUUUCAGUUUCUCAGUUAGGUUUCGUGAUUUUAUGAGUUUUUAUAUAAUUUUACUCAACUUACCUCAGUAAUUUCUUAAUAUUUAUAUACAACUAGUUCCUCAAAACCCUUGAGGCAAGCAGUUAGAGGUGGUAACCUCAGCCGUGACUAUUGCAAGAAAUUAAGAACUGGUUUCUCAUUUAAUUUCUUCGUUUGUUCAUUUAUAACACUUCUCAGCAAAUAGUUUUAGACAGCGCUAAUGCGUUUUAAAUGUUUUGGAAACCAAGUAUAAAUCAGUUUGCGCUGUGAAAAAAAAACAGCGUUUUGGCAGGGAUGCUUUCUAUAGGCACUGAUAAUUACCAUUGAGAAAUGAUUUCAUAUUCACUUAUUCAAUAAUAUUAUAAUGCAUACGUAUCUUGAUUGCAGCUAUAGUAGAGACUAAUAUUCUGGAAUAUAAAUAUAAACUAAAUAAAUCAUCAUUCAUAGAAUAUGUAUGUGUAUGUAUUGCAUAAAGUAUGCUACUACAAUCUGAGAAUAAUAUAACAAAUUACAAUUUUGUAGCUGUGCCAGAACGUCACCUAAAAACUGUCUAACG